UGUUCCGCCCGACCUGUCAUCAUUUGGCCUGCUACAGCCACGCCCUAGGCUGUAUCCACCACCUGGAGCUUGGGAUUGGAUUGGAUCCCAUGCUUCUCUGCUGCGAGCUUGCACUCGCACAUGUCAUGUACGGGGUAGCGCUCACUUUCACACGCCUCAAAGCCUGGCGUGCACGGUCAAAGCCUCAGCUCCUCCCGGCACUCUCCAGAGCAGGAGUCCAAAUCUCCUCGUUCACGAGGCUGCUUCCGCGCGCCGAAACUUGGACCGCCCUUUGUCGCCCCGGCCCGGACAUCUGACGCCUUUCAUCAUUGGCAGCCUACCGACUUCUCUCCUCCGGCGUCAUCAUCAACCCUUUUCGCCCUCUUCACCUUUCCAUCAACUCCCCGCAACCUGCUGCAGCUGGUUCUGCUGCUGCACUUUGACACUGACCCUUCCAACGACAUUUGCCGCCUCCGCCGCCGCCAUUUUCUGCCGAACACUCCGCUAAACUCCAGCCCCCAGCUCGAGCGACUCUAUCUGAAGCAUCCCGACUUUUCGUUUCCAUUUUUUCAACCCAGCAGCAACUACCUAGAGAAAGACGAAAGAAGCAAAGGAGAAAAAGAGAAAGAAAGAAUCGCCGGUCGCGUCGUCAACCGUUUCUCCCAGUGUCCGCUGCUUAUGCGUGUGUAAUUGGCUGCAUGGCAAACCCACCUUUUGGAUCCAAAUCGCUUCGUCUACC